GGUGGUACAGGAAAGGUUUGGCAUCAAAAUCCCCAAGAGCUAUCCGCUGGAAAUGGCUGGCCCAGUGAUGUGCGCAGGGAUCACCAUGUACGACCCCUUGAAGGCUUUCAAGGCCCAGCCAGGGGACAAGGUGGGCAUCGUGGGUCUGGGCGGCCUGGGCGUCAUGGGCGUAAAGUUGGCCAAGGCCUUGGGAUGCCUUGUCGUGGCCAUCAGUCGCUCGGAGUCCAAGAAGGCCUUCGCCGAGAAGUGCGGCGCCAUGGCGUUUUUGGCGUCCUCAGAUGCCGCGCAGAUGGAUGAGCAUUACCGAAGCUUUGACUUGAUUCUCAAUACCAUCCCUUCGGAUCACGACGAGAGCAUCUACACGGCGCUGCUGAAGAAGAGCGGCCACCACGUUUUGUUGGGCCUCAAUUCCUCCACUUUUGGCGCCUUCGCGGUGAAUGCCAUGACCUUUGGGGCCUCGAAGGUAACGUUCUCUGGGAUCGGAGGCAUUCCAAACACCCAGGAGGUGAUUGACUUGUGCGACGCGAAUAAGAUCUAUCCCGAGAUCGAAAUCCACAGCGUCAGGGAGUUGAAUCGAAUUUAUGAGAAGUUGGACUCUUCCAAUGAUGCCGGGAAGCGUUACGUCCUGGACAUCGCCAACACCCUAAACGAAGCCACCUUCCAACAGGGCACCGGCACCGGCGAAAAGACGCAGAUUUCGCCCAUGGCGGCCAUUCCAACCUCCGCAGUGCUGAAGAAAGUGGCAUCUCUGCUGGCUAAACCAGUCACAACCUUUUGCUGAGAAUGAAGGGACUGGAGGUCUCUGCCUCCAGAGCCUCCAGAUGCAGUAUAGAUUGCAGUAUAGAUGAUGCAUGGGUAUGGGUCUUGAUAUGCGUUUCUCCCAAG